CAAACACAAAGUACCAAUGCUUAAUUAAUGCUUAUUACAUACAUAACUAAUAAACAAACGGAUAUUUAAAAACUGCUACAGCAAAUACUACAGGUACUUAUAACUUGUAAAUUGUUGACCGCUGCUUAAUUUUUUUUGCACUCGUUAAACACAUCCGCCGUUGUUUAGUUCCUUUAUCAAACAAUCGAGCAAGUAAUUUACUUGAUUAGGAGUGGCCAAUCACCGUAAUUCGAAACUGAAAAGCAAAUUAUUAUUAAACCUAAAUGGACUGACUAAUCAUCGAACAAGAAAAUGCGUUAUUUAUUACUGUUGGCGCUUUUGCUUUAUAAUAUAGUUGCCAAUGCGAACAGACCAAAUCCCUACGAUUACGAUGACCCCGACGGAAUCAAAAGGCAUUCCUUUGUAGACGAUAGGCGGAAUUGGAGAAAGAAAGCUUUAUUAAAACCGUUCGACCAAGACCACAAAGACUGGGAUGACAGAUAUGAUCGCGACAUUCCGGGGUAUUCCUACGAUCCGGAGCUGAAACGUUUCGGAGGGUUGGAUAGACAACGGGAGAUGGAUCCCUCUGCGAGCGUGUAUACAGGUCAGAGGCAUUAUGAGGACGAUGACAAAAUGAAUAUGCUUCAUAAAAUGGGAAGCGCUGAGGUCGGGCGCUCGCCGGCUUUUCCAGAGAAAGAGUCAGAGAAGAAAACUCCGUUUACGAUGACUUGCGAAAAGCAAAAUGAGAGAUACGAGCCAUGCUUCGCUGGUUGCGCCGCGGUGACAUGCGACAACCCUCGCGAACGGUUGCGCCCCUGUUACCCUUUCUGCGAGCCCGGGUGCAUCUGCAUUCAGCCGUACGUUCGGGACGAUCGAACCCAUAAAUGCGUUCUACCCGAGGAUUGCACUAAAGGCCUCAAAGGAAUUCCCGACCUCGGCGAGGAUACUUAGAGAAAACGAACAAAUGUCAUUGAUACACACACAAUAGAUGCAACCUUGAGGGUCCUCUGGCGAAGAAAGAGGAUCAUAUUCCCACGAUAUUUGAACCUUAUAUUUACUCUCAUAUAAAAUAAUUCAAUUGAGAAA